GCUCAGAGUGGGGAUGCUGUCGGUAUCCUCAUCAUCACUGGAGAUGUCCGGUAACCGCGGAGCGCCAAAUGGGACCGUUACCUCCACCAGGAAGUUAACCGGGACUCGUGCAUCUUCUCCACUUGGCUCGCACCCAUGAACUUUACGGUCCUCCGCGCGCCGCUGCAUCCUUCUCACGGACAAUGAAGACGACUCGCAAAUGCAGGAGCCUUUUGUCGGUUACCUUGAACUUCUUCGCCAUCUUCUUCUCAACGACCGCGUUCAUAACGACCUACUGGUGCGUGGGGACCCAGAGAGUCCCCAAGCCCAAGUGCAGCAAGCUGCGGACGCACCAGUGUAUUGACUACGGAGUGAACGAGACAGACCCCAACAAAGUGGUGUACAGCUGGGAGACCGGGGACGACCGGUUCCUGUUCCGACAGUUCCACACCGGCAUCUGGUUCUCAUGUGAGGAAAACAUCCACGAUGAAAGUGAGAUGUGCAGAAGCUUCAUCGACUUGGCCCCGCCGUCAGAGAAAGGGAUGCUGUGGCUGUCGCUGGUCUCUGAGAUGCUGUACAUUGUUCUGCUGGUGGUGGGCUUCAGCCUCAUGUGUUUAGACCUGGUCCACUCCAGCAACGUCAUCGAUGGACUCAAGCUCAACGCCUUCGCCGCCAUCUUCACUGUGCUCUCAGGUCUUCUUGGCAUGGUGGCUCAUGUGAUGUACACACAGGUCUUCCAGGUCACUGUCAGCCUCGGCCCACCUGAUUGGAGGCCCUACAACUGGGACUACGGCUGGUCCUUCUGCAUGGCCUGGGCGUCCUUCACCUGCUGCAUGGGCGCAUCAGUCACCACACUCAACUCCUACACAAAGACCGUCAUCGAGUUCAGGCACAAACGCAAGACCUUCGAACAAAGCCUACGCGAGGAGCACGCGCGGGAGGCUUUCGGAUAUUUACGGGAAUGCUCCCUGCACUCCAUCUCCAAAUCUGUGGAGGUUUAUUCCAGCCAGACCCUGAAGAGUGGCAGGAAGACUCUCACACCUGCAGACUCUCUGGACCUGAGUGACAUUGCAACAUCUUUAGGGGAAGAGCAGUGCUGAACAUGGCAGGACAGUUAGGUGGUGGUGUCGCUCUCGGUGUGGCAACGUGAUGGAUGGAAGCGCUGUCGUCCAUAUGUGGUCGGCAUUCAGUUUGGGACGAAUAGCUGACAGGAUUUCAGGGAUCCAUCAUUAGCUCCUCCUGAUUCGCUGCCUUAACCGUGGCUCAAACCAGCUUCAACUGGAAAGAGUGGACAUGAGCCAAUCUCACGGAUGAAGGUGCUGUCGCUGUUUGUGUAACCUACCACGAUGUAGAAGUAAAAGAAAAUGUGAAGUAUACCCAUAGAAAUAGAGUGAGGGCCUCUCGCGGCUCCUCCUCCUGCCAGCAGCACAGCCUCGCCUCGCUGCUCCACCGGUCCCACUGAAAGCCAACACCGACACCA